GAGUCCUGCCGGGCGUGGCGAAAGGCGGGCCUGGCGUCUCUGGGCGACGGAGCGCGGCGACAGUCUCGCAGCCACAGGACACAUGGACGCACGGACCCACAGACGGGCGGCGGGAACCCCCAGAACCAUGGCGGAGCGCGCGGGCCGCCGUUGUUGCCUGGGCUGGGACUUCAGCACGCAGCAGGUUAAAGUUGUUGCCGUUGAUGCAGAGUUGAACGUCUUCUAUGAGGACAGUGUGCAUUUUGACAGAGACCUUCCGGAAUUUGGCACUCAGGGCGGUGUCCAUGUACACAAGGACAGGCUGACGGUCACCUCUCCGGUCCUGAUGUGGGUCCAGGCUCUGGACCUGAUCCUGGGGAAGAUGAAGGCUUCCGGGUUUGACUUCUCUCAAGUUCUAGCCUUAUCCGGGGCAGGCCAGCAACACGGAAGCGUUUACUGGAAGACUGGGGCCAGCCUGGCGCUGUCGAGCCUGUCACCAGCUCUCCCAUUACAUCAGCAGCUGCAGAGCUGCUUCUCCAUCAGCGACUGCCCUAUAUGGAUGGACUCCAGUACUACAGCCCAGUGCCACCAGCUGGAGGCUGCCGUGGGUGGGGCCCAGGCUCUCAGCUGCCUCACAGGGUCCCGGGCCUAUGAGCGUUUUACAGGGAACCAGAUAGCGAAGCUUUUCCAGAAGAACCCCGAGGCCUACUCAUGCUCUGAGAGAAUUUCCUUGGUCAGUAGCUUUGCUGCCUCGCUGUUCCUGGGUGGGUACUCGCCCAUCGACUACAGUGACGGGUCUGGAAUGAAUUUGUUGCAGAUCCAGGAAAAAGUCUGGUCCCAGGCUUGCCUGGAUGUCUGCGCCCCCCAUUUGGAGGAGAAGCUGGGCUCACCGGUCCCUUCCUGCUCAGUUGUGGGAGCCAUUUCUUCCUACUAUGUCCAGCGCUAUGGAUUCCCUCCAGGAUGCAAAGUGGUGGCCUUCACUGGGGACAACCCAGCAUCACUGGCCGGCAUGAGGCUGGAGGAAGGAGAUAUUGCGGUCAGCCUGGGCACGAGCGACACCCUAUUUCUCUGGCUCCAGAAGCCGAUGCCAGCCUUGGAAGGCCACAUCUUCUGCAACCCAGUGGAUGCACAGCAGUAUAUGGCGCUUCUAUGCUUUAAAAACGGCUCCCUCAUGAGGGAGAAGAUCCGAGAUGAGUCCGCCUCCUGUUCCUGGAACAAGUUCUCUAAGGCCCUGCAGUCCACAGAAAUGGGGAACAAUGGAAACGUGGGUUUUUAUUUCGAUGUAAUGGAGAUCACCCCUGAAAUUGUCGGGCGUCAUAGGUUUAAUGCGGAAAACAAUGAGGUCUCAGCAUUCCCUGGAGAUGUGGAGAUCCGAGCUCUGAUCGAAGGCCAGUUCAUGGCCAAGAGGAUUCACGCAGAAGGCCUAGGCUACCAAGUCAUGCCCAAGACAAAGAUUCUGGCCACGGGAGGAGCAUCUCACAAUAAAGACAUCUUGCAGGUGCUUGCAGAUGUUUUUGGGGCCCCUGUGUAUGUCAUAGACACCACCAGUUCAGCCUGUGUUGGCUCCGCGUACCGAGCCUUUCAUGGCCUUGCAGGAGGGACAGGUGUGGCCUUUUCUGAGGUUGUGAAAUCAGCACCACAGCCCUGCCUGACUGCCACCCCCAACCCGGGAGCUUCCCAGGUCUAUGCCGCCCUUCUCCCUCGAUAUGCUGAACUGGAACAGAGAAUCUUGUCCAAGGCCCAGAGGCCUCUGGAAUGAAUUCUUCCGGCCAGGACACCCUGCUGCCUCCCCGUGCACUAGUCCUUGUGCUUGAAGGCUCCGCUGUGCUCUGUGGAGCACUCCCGUCCUGUCCUGGACCAUCCUGAAGCCAUGACUCCUUGGGGACAUGUGGACUGCAUGUCCUGGGAUGGAAAAGCAAUUUCUCCUUUUCUGUCUUUCAUUCAGGAGAACACUGUGGGGUAUGGACACCAAAGACAAUCAUGUUCCCCUUUCAAAGGGACCAAAUCGCAGACUAGGGAGAGACAGUCUUUUCCCUGACUCUGACCACGCCCCCUUCCUUACCUUCAGUCACCUUCCCCAUCCUGGGACCGCCCCCUCCAUCCUUCCCCAGCAAACCUCUCUUGCCUAUGACCCUAGCAGCUGUCUCCACCUUCUGUUUCUGCAGGUGUCUUCCCAGGGCUCUCUCCUGUCUGCCUGUCACCUUCCCUCCCUAUACGCACCUGCUAUUACUUCCCACUCCAGAUGACCUGGUGAAUAGCCUUCCUUCCCCUCCCCCUCCCCCACCCAGAGACUGCCUGACUGGGGUUGCCCUGGUGACCUGGCUGGGCAUCUCCCAGGCUAAACACUUACGGGUUCUUCCAUAUUUCAUUGUAGUUCACAUGAUGUCAUAAUUGUGUGUUUAGAGAAGUUUUUAAAUUCUGGCUUUCUUUUUCUUCCGGGUCUCCUCUGGGCUGCCCUCAGUGGAGCUAAGGUGACCUUAAGCUUAUGAUCUUUUUACCACUAUGCCACCACACCUGGUUUUAUGCAAUACCAGGGAUUGAACCCAUGGCCUCUUACAUUCUAGGUAGACACUCUACCUGCUGAGCCACACACGCCCAGCCUGGGUUUCCUUUUUCCUUGACAUACUUUGUGACUCUCACUUCCACAAAUCCUACUAUGUUUGAGCUGUGCCCUCCCUCUCCACCCCGUUUUACUUUUCCUGGUGAUCUCACACCGGGGUCACCCCCUAGAGUUUCCCCACUGCGACAAGACAAGGCCGGGCUGAACUCAGGACUCGUUUUAAACCAGACCACUGGAUCUGACACAGUGGCAAGAUGCUGCAGACAGGUGUGAGACCAGGAUCAGAGCAGUGACUGCUGGGAAAUCAAAAGGACAGAGCACAGAUGGAAAGAGAGUUGUGUCUAGACAUGAGGUCCCUUGGAAGACGAGGUGUAUGGGGGGGAAGAAGCAGUGAGCAGCCAUCUUGCCAGAGCAAACCCACAGCGCAGAGGGAAAUGGCUGCUGGAAUGUUGCUUGUCACAGAGGUUUUACGCUACCAACAAGCCGCAAAGGCUUCAGGGACCACACAACAAACAGUUAACCACGAAGACAUUCCAACAGAUCUCACAACAAGCCGGGCAACUGUAGAUGAAAAGGCCACCAUAGGUGACAAACUGCAAAACAAAUCCGACACAUCUGGAGACUUCCAUGACAUGUCAGAGAGGAGGGAGACCUAGCAGGAAGUUCAGGGAGGCACCAGAAAGGAAGGGAGGAGAAUAAAGACAAGAUCCCUCUUGAUGUUUAGGACUUUCCAAAAUAAACAGAAUUUUGAAAACACCUAAAAUCUACCUUUCCCUGCUUCCCCUUUGUCUGGGCAGGGGUUUGAACCUGUGACUUUGAAGAUGUUGGGCAAGCCCUCUCUUACUGAGAUGUACCACCAGCUUCACAAAUAUGUUUCAAAAGAGUCUACCUUGUAAUUUAGAUAUGGUCUAGCAGUGUUUUGAGAUUUGUAUAUCACUGACCCAACAUCAAAAGGCUUAGACCAUAAAACAGAGUUGGUGUGGGUGAAGGGUGUGGGGAAGGAGGACGUUUGGUGGAGAGAUGUCUCGAGGGUUAAGAACACUGGCUGUUCUUCCAAAGGACCUAUGUUCUGUUCCCAGCACCCACACGGCAGCUCACAACUAUCUGUAGCUCCAGUCCCAAAGGGAUUUGAUGGCCUCUCUGUACUCCAAGUGACACACAAAGCCGGAGAACAGACAUAUAAAAGUUUAGAGGAAACCGUAGCAUAAGAUUCCAACAUACAUUGUGUAAUAAAUCACAUUUCGGUUGUGCUGAGCGAUCUCUGCGGAGAAUGAGAUGCCGGU